AUGCCUUCUCAAUCAAACAGCGGCUCCUCCGGGAACUCCGGCUCUGGCUACACUUACCGGUCGAGCGGCACCAACUCUCAAGGCAACCACUACUGCUCGCGCGACUAUGGAGCCAGCGCCCCGAACCCGAACUCGUACCAUUACUCCAACACCAAUGGCUCCUACUACAACGACGGCAAAGGCUCCGCCACUUACACCCCCGCCGAUAAGAAGUAA